AUGGAGUGGGCAAACAUUGUUAAGAAAGGCUUGCAUUCAAAUAUCAUAACAGUGAAGUAUGAUUCUAAGAAUAAUUGCAUUAAGCUUGAUUUAAUUACAGAUGAAGCAAAAAAAACACUUAAAAUAAAUGAUCCUGAUGAUUUUAAGAUUUUUUCAAGAAGGACUAUCAUUUUAAAUAAUUAUCAGGAAAGCAAAAAAUCAGAAAUUUCAAAUGUUAAAAUAGAGGACCAAAAAACACCAAGAAACAAUAUUGGAGACAAAUUUGAAAAAAAUAAUAAAAAAAUGACACUUGAAAACAAAAUUAUCAGUAUUGUUAAGUAAUAUAGUAAAAAUAAAUAGGAGGAAGAAGAUAAAAAUAAAAUAUUAAGGUUUAAGAGAGAGAAUUCUUUUCGUCAAAAAUAAAAAACUGUAGAUUCUAAGACCUACUAGCAAUAUAUUACUUAAUAAGAUUAAAUAUAAGAUAUAUUAUAUGGAGAAUACGAAAAAGAUGAUUUAACUGAGAAAAAAAUGAUAUCUGUCAAAAACUGCAAAAUAUUAUCUCAAAUAUACAUGGUACUGAAAAUAUCAAAGCAAAUAUUUAAUAGUGUUACAACAUGA